AUGGAGCAACUCUCGUCAAGCAGUCGACCCUCUGCUGUUGACGACGAUGAGUCUGCCAGAGAGGUUCUUCAGCGCCAGCUUAAUGGGCUUCCAGCCGUCCAAAUGAAGAAUUCUACUGUGCUCGCGUAUGCUCGGCCCUUAGAUAUAGCUUUGAUUGCUAUAAGCACCCUAUCUGCUAUCAUUGCAGGCGCGUUGAAUCCUCUUCUUACAGUCAUUUACGGCCUUCUAGUUGGUUCGUUCCAAAAGCAUGCACAUGGAAUGGAAGAGAGUUCUCAGUUAUCCUCCAGCGUGUCUAAGUUUACGCUCUACUAUGUGUAUCUUGGAGUUGCGGAAUUCGUCCUUAUAUACAUCGCAACCGUGGGAUUCUAUUAUUCAGGGGAACGAAUUACGCGGAGUCUACGGCAGGCCUAUCUCAAAGCCAUUAUCCGGCAGAACAUCGGGUUUUUUGAUACCCUUGGCCCGGGCGAGGUUACAACAAGAAUAUCCGGAGAUAUGAAUGUUGUUCAGGAGGGAAUCUCGAGUAAAGUCUCAAUAUUUCUGACGGCUAUUGCGACAUUUUUAUCAGCUAUUAUUAUCUCCUUUGUCAACAACUGGAAACUUGCCUUAAUUCUCCUUUCAAUUUCUAUCCUUCUAGGAGGAGCAGAGUUUCUGGGAGCGACAUUUGCGUUAAAGUAUAGCAGAAAAAAUUCUGCGUCCCUAGCCAAGGGAGCAUCAGCUGCAGAGGAAACAUUUGGCUCUAUCCAGCAUGUUUCUGCCUUUGGGAUCCAGGCCGCUAUGGCUAAACGCUACCAGUACUAUCUAAGUACUGCAGAGAAGUGGGGAUUGAAGAUGCGGUUAUCAGUCUCGUUUAUGAUAGGAGCCAUCAACGCGCUGCCGUAUCUUGCCUAUGCAUUGGCAUUCUGGCAAGGCUCUCGCUAUAUUGUUAGUGGUGAGUCAACCGCAUCUGCUGUCGUUACUAUCGUCCUGGCGACAAUUAUUGGCGCGUUUGCGGUUGGGAGAGUUGCCCCCAGCGGUGAAGCCUUCAUUAGUAGCAUCUCGCAUGCAGGAACGAUUCUCAAAGCAAUUGCUCGCCAAUCGCCAUUAGAUCCAUUCUCUACAACUGGUCACCAGCUGCCGAAAGUUCAAGGCGAUAUUGAGCUGCAAAAUGCAGCAUGUGCAGGUCCUGAAUACACUUUAGACGGACACAAAAUAGCCGACUUGAACCUGAACUGGCUUAGACAACAAAUUUCGUACGUUGUCCAGGAACCUGUCCUGUUUAACAGGAGUAUUUUAGAAAAUAUUCUGCUCGGCUUGCCUGAUCCUGGGCUAUCAAGACCAGAGCAAGAAACACGAGAGCUCGUGUAUUCUGCUGCCAAAGUUGCAAAUGCGCAUGACUUCAUCAUUUCUCUACCCCAGGGGUACCAAACUGAAGUCGGCACCAAGGGACUUCAACUUUCUGGUGGUCAAAGGCAGCGCAUUUGUAUAGCAAGAGCAGUUAUCGCUAACCCGAAGAUUCUACUGCUGGAUGAAGCUACAUCUGCCUUGGAUGUCAAGUCAGAAAGAGCAGUUCAAGAGGCAUUGGAAUCGGCGGCGCAAAACCGUACGACGAUUGUGGUUGCUCAUCGUCUAUCAACUAUCCGCAAUGCUGAUAACAUCAUCGUCAUGUCAAAUGGCUCUGUGGUUGAACAGGGGCAACACGAUGAACUUAUGAAGAAAAGCGGGAUGUACUCCACUUUGGUAAAGGCACAGCAGAUGGACAUCCCUCUUGAGCAUUCUGUGGAAGAGGCAGAGGAUAUGCACAUUUUAAAGAAAGAGCAAACAGGAGAGCCCUUUAUGACAGCCUCGGAUUUAACCAGCAUCAAAGAGAGUCCAUGCCAUGAAGACAGCGUCUACGACAGAAAUCAGCAAGAUACUCAAGCAGAGCAGAACCCAACCUUCAAGACGUAUUUUCAAGUUGUAACACAGCUUAACAGGGAGGAAAUCCUGGUGAUUCUUAUUGGCGUUUUCCUCUGUUUCAUCGCCGGCUGUGUGAUCCCAGUGCAAUCCGUUUUCUUUGCAAAGUCGAUCAAUGCCGUUUCUUUUCCAGAAUCUCAAUAUACCCAGCUCCGACAUGAAAUCAACUUCUGGUGUCUCAUGUUUCUAAUGAUUGCGAUUGUCAACUCAAUCGCAUGGCUCGGUCAGGGAGCAUGCUUCUCCUAUUCCACCGAACGACUAUCUCAUAAAGGCAGAUACCAAAUGUUCAGAUCCAUUCUUCGGCAGGACAUGGCUUUCUUUGACCAAAAGGAUAAUUCACCAGGAGGUUUAUCCGCCUUCCUCUCUACCGCGCCAACCGAGCUCGCAGGCCUCAGUGGUGCAGUAAUUGGAGCCUGUUUGACAUUCAUCGCCACCAUUACAGGGGGAGUCAUUUUGUCACUAGCAAUUGGCUGGAAGCUUGCCCUUGUCUGUGCCGUAACAAUUCCAAUCAUGACGGGUUCUGGCUAUAUUCGACUCAGGGUUCUCUCGCUCUUUGACGGCCAGAUGCGAACAACUCAUCAAGAAGGUGCCAUGUAUGCUAGUGAAAUAAUCACGGUUAUCAGAUCUGUUGCCUCCCUGACGCUUGAAAACCAUGUGCUUGACGAAUAUAGCCAGAUUCUGACCCAACGGGCAGCGAAAACAAUGAGGUUCAUUUUCAUAACUUCUACACUUUACGCUGCAUCGCAGUCCUUUACAUUUUUCUGCAUGGCACUUGCAUUCUGGUACGGUGGAACACUGCUGGCAAAUCAUGAGUACAAUACGCUCCAGUUCUUCAUAUGCUUUGUCGCCUUAAUUUCAGGGGCACAGAUUGCAGGGGCUAUUUUUAAUUUUGCCCCUGACAUGAGCAAAGCGCUACAUGCUGGUCAGCGUGUGAAGAAGCUCUUCGAAUUAAAGCCUAAAAUCGAUACUUGGGAUAACUCAGGCCAGCGCAUUGCUGAAAGUGCUGGACAGCUUGAUAUUGUUGAUGUCAGUUUCCGGUAUCCUAAUCGGCCUGAACGACUAGUUCUUGACAAGUUCAAUCUUAGUAUUCGUCGUGGCCAAUAUGUGGCAUUGGUUGGGCCCAGCGGCAGCGGUAAAAGCACUGUGAUUCGCCUCUUAGAGAGGUUUUUUGACCCAACUGAGGGUAAAAUCUUUGUGGAUGGAAAUGAUAUAUCCCAGCUCAACAUCAACGACUACAGAAGCUUAAUAUCUCUUGUUAGCCAAGAGCCUACCUUGUAUGAUGGGUCGAUCAGGGAUAACAUCCUUUUAGGCACCGAGAGGGAGGUGGAAGAAGAUGAGCUAGUGCAAGUGUGCAAGGGAGCAAAUAUCUACGAGUUUAUCUCGUCUCUUCCUGAUGGGUUUACAACCCUAGUUGGUUCUGGGGGAACUAUGCUCAGUGGAGGCCAGAAACAGAGGCUCUCAAUCGCCAGGGCCUUACUUCGGAAUACUCAGAUUCUGCUUCUUGACGAAGCCACAUCUGCGCUAGACUCGGAGUCUGAAAAGGUGGUUCAAGACGCUCUUGACAAUGCUACAAAGGAGCGAACUACCAUUGCCAUUGCCCAUCGACUAAGUACCAUCCAAAAUGCGGAUCUGAUAUGUGUGCUAGAUCAUGGCAAGGUAGUUGAGCAAGGAACGUACUCCCAGCUCCUGAACAAAAAGGGACUGUUCUGCAACCUAGUGCGGAUGCAAAGUCUAGGGGUCGUUGAAUCGGCGGACUAA